UUGUUGCAGUGGGGCAUAGAAAUUAGCAAUUCCAGAUGUUAAGCUCUCAGAUGCUCCCUCGUCUUGCAUGUUGGACUCAACGAACACUCUCUCACUCUCUGCACUUUCCAUCUUCUUCCAUUUCCAGUUCCAGGAAAAGGUUUUGUGUAAACUGCUUCAACAAGAAAAUGGAUGAACACAGUAAUUUGCUUGCUAGGGAUAGAAAGCGUGCCAAUUUUCGAUUAUGCAAGUUGUCAAAUUAUACCUCUGAAAUACUGGAGAUACAAGCUGAUGCACCAAGUUUGCAUGUUCUGGUUGUUCCUGGAAACCCAGGUGUUAUAUUAUUCUACAAGGAUUUUGUGGAAUUUCUAUAUGAGCUUCUUGGAGGAACUGCGUCUAUCACAGCUAUUGGCCAAGUCUCUCAUUCAAGAAAGGAUUUGGAGCACGGAAGGUUGUUCUCUUUACAAGAACAAAUCGAUCAUAAGAUUGAUUUUAUCAAAGAGGAACUGCAAGAUAUCAAGAUUCCUAUAAUACUGGUUGGCCACUCUAUUGGUUCAUACACAUCUAUUGAAAUGUUCAAGAAAUCUCCAGAGAAGGUGAAGUAUUGCAUUGGACUUUAUCCAUUUUUGACAUUAAAUCCACAUUCAAUAACACAGUCAAUUAUUGGAAAAAUUGCACAAUCCCAAAUUCUAGCUGCUGCUCUCAGCUACCUGAUAGCAUCAUUAGGAUUGUUACCAGUCAAGGCUUUGACGUUUAUUGUUAGAAAAUCCCUUGGGAAGUCAUGGUCUGCCAAUGCAGUUGAGGCUGCAUGCUCUCACUUGUCACAGUACCAUACCAUGCGAAAUGUCCUCUAUAUGGCUAUGACUGAAUUCAAAGAAUUAGCGGAGACACCAGAUUGGGCAUUUUUAAGAGAAAGGAAGGAUCAAUGUGCAUUUUUAUUUGGUGAUGAUGAUCACUGGGGCCCACUUCAAUUGCAUGAAGAGAUCUCAAAGCAGGUUCCUGGUAUUCCCUUAUUUAUUGAACGAGAAAACCACACUCAUGGUUUCAGUUGCACUGAGGCUGGUUCAUUAUGGGUGGCUCAGCACGUUGCAAACUUAAUUAAGAAUCAAGUAGCAUGUGCAAACCAAUGAGCUCUGGCUCCUUGGCGGCUUGUAUAAUAAAACUACACCUGUGGCUUCUGUUGCAUUAAGCCUUGUUCAUUUAGGGUGGCUCAGCAUGUGGCAAACAUAAUCAAGAAUCCGGCGGUUUGUACAAACCAAUAAGGUCUGACUCUUUUGCUAUUAUUGGCCUGUAUUAUGUGAGUUUUCUAAGUUAAUCGCCGAAAGGAUUGAAUCAGUAAUCACUGAUAAAUUAUAAAAAUUAUAGUUUUAAAAAACUGGGUUGCAUUUCUUUAUCAACGUUACUACUUACUAGUGCAUUUGUUUCUCAAAAUUUUAUCAUGGCCGACCAAAUUCUACUAUUAUCUUGUUGGUCUUGUCUCCCAUUAGUAAAAUAAAAUUAGAGCAUAAUUGAUUGAAAAACCAAUGGAUGAAUUUUAACCUCAAAGUAUGUUAGUGGAGCAGGAGCACCAUGCACCUGUGUUGGUGGAAUUUGCCAUUCUUUGACUUUUGUUACUGUGGGGAAGUUUUUGCUUGUAGACUCUUUCAUAAUAUCAUCUUUCACUUAAGAAUUUAUGCUUAAGUGUAAAAGUAAAAGUAAAAGUGAUUAGUUUAUUCAAGGUUACAAAAAAAAAAAAAGUGAAUACUUUGACACGAAAAUACUAUUAAUUUAAAUGGCAUAAAAUAAUUAAUGUCAUGAAUGACAAGUAACCAAAAUUGGUGAUGAAGAUAAGCAAAAUCACGAGUGUCUUUCCGAAAGCUUAAUCUAAAUAAGCUUGCACCCCGUGACUACAACAAAAUAUUUUUGAUUACCUUAAUUUUUCUAUAUAUUAAUAGACAGGAUUGCUUUCUAAAAUAUUUGCAUGUGUCACAAACUGUAGUGCUUUUAAAGGGUAAAUUCGAGUGUACUACUCUAACAUACAUUCACAAUCAAUUCAUUGUCGGUUGUUCACGAUGAGAGUAAUUCACUUCGCUUUCUUUAAUUGAUCACAAAUUUUCAGAAUCGGAUCUUUGAGAAACUGUAGCUGCUUACUAGCUCCGCAGUAAAGGUUUGAAAUAAACCUACAAUUACUAGUAUGUCAAAUUGGGUACAUGAGAUGAAGAUGCAUGGAUGCCACUUAUUCUAACAUUGAAAUCAGAUUAUUUUGAAACACUCGUUUGCUAGCAACAAAAGAAAGAGAUUUAGUUUUUCCUGUUUUAUUUUUCUGCUACUUAAAGUAGUUUCACCCGACCGGCACAUCCUACAUAUUUUCUGUUUUACUUUUCUGCUACUUAAGUAGCAGACUUUAUAAAAAUGAAAUUAUUUUGAAAAAUGUCGUCUACUACUUUAGUAGACGUUGUAAAAAUAGGGUUUUUUUAGGGGGGUGGGGUGUCCGCUACCUAAGUAACGGACGGGGUACUUUGGUAAAUUCGUAGGGCGCGCGAGAAAAUAGAUAGAGUGAUCAAACUAAAUCUCCAAAAGAAAGACAACAUGAUAAUAAAAACAGGAUUAAUUAGUCUUAGUGAGCUUAGCUCAGUUUGGAGCUCGGGUUCGAACCCGGGACACUUCACUUAUUCACUUUUAAGGUGAAUUUUGUAGUCGCUAGGUUACUUGAAAAAAAAAAAAAAACAGGAUUAAUUAUGUAGUCCUUAUAAAUUAUUUUAUGUCAAAAAAUUCUAAAUCAAUUGAACAUGGUCAAGAAAAGACACCUAAAAUGAAUAACAGUAGUGUAGUGCAAAUGUGCAGAUUUUUUUUCCUUUCUCCGAUAAUUGUCUUUGAAACAUAUCGAACUAAAUACAACAAAUAUUUUUUUUGACAGUAAAUAACAAAUAUCUUAGAAGUAUAAAAUCAAACGGAUAUUCUUUUUUUUUUUACAAUGUUGUCAAUUGAUGAUCGAACCUAAAACUUCAUGCAUACUAUUCAAAUCCCUCAGCACUAGACCAAACAUAGUGGUCUAAAGGGAUAUUCCUAUUCGCAUAAACUUUUAGAUCGAACCUAAAACUUCAUGCAUACUAUUCAAAUCCCUCAGCACUAGACCAAACAUAGUGGUCUAAAGGGAUAUUCCUAUUCGCAUAAACUUUUAAUAUUAUAAAAAUGAAAAUGCCAAAAAUCUAAUCCUUAUAUUCUUGCUCUGCUGUCAUAUCAGCCUCUUACUUGUAGUUGUCAUUAAAGACAAGAUCUUCCAAAUCUCAUAUUAAAUUCAUAGUUAAAGUAGCCAUUUAUUAUUUCCCAAAUCAAAACCUAUCACAUUAGCAAGACAAAUGACCACCUUGUGAAUAUUCAUUUCAUACCAUGCGCAAACCUGAAAUGCCUCUGAUUCUCAAUGCAUGCCAUCAUAUGCCAAUCCUCUAGUUACCUCCAUCAACAUUUUUUUUUUACUUUAAUACUCAAAUUACCAGAUUCACAUUUUAGAUGCGAAUAAGUAUGGAAUUUCAAGUUUGAACCUAGGUCACUGUAUAUCAAUGUCCCUUCAACUACUAACUGAAUUACGAAACAUUUCUAUUCAAAAAUUAAAACUAAAUAGUCAGUUUAGUUCUUAAAUGUGUAAGACAGUGCUAGUAUAAUCUUUAAAUGUAUUAAAAUUAUAAACACAUUUCUUCAAAUGUCUCUUAUGUUAAUAAAAUCUGAUGAACAAAAUUGACCAACUGAUAAACACAUUUCACAUCUUGGAGUUCCAAAAUAAUUAAGACAUAUUUAAAUAUUUUUUAAGAAAAAUUUGAUUCAUUUAAAGACUAUUGUGACAACACUAUUUAAAGACCAAAAUGAUGAUUUAUAUUUUUUUAAAAAAAACUACUGUCCAGGUCACUAUGCUGUCACAAAAUUAACCAAGCAAGUUAAAUAAAUGAUCCUUUAUUAGUUCACAUGCAACACUAACAUUAAGACCUCCUUAUAGCUUAUACAGUCCCCAUCACAAACCCAUCUCCAUAAAUAAAAAGCCACUUUCUACAGCAACACUAUACCCUUUGACUUAGGCAAUAUCCUUCUUCUGUUCCCUUCUCUUUUUUCAUACUCUCUUUCCAUAGCAGUCACAGAACACAAAAUAACAUAGCAAUGUCUAGCUCCAGAAAGAAGCUUCUUCUGAACACUGUGUCGGUGAAACUAGGCUGUGGAAGUUGCAGAAAGCUAAAGUUAAGUAACAUAUUCAACCCAAAACCAAAACCCAAGAACCCCACUUACCAAAAACACAAACUUUACAAUAACCAGUACUCCUCUUCCUCAGGUCCUUGGAGUAGUACUGAAGACAAAUAUGACAGUACAAGCACCCCAAAUACCACCACUACUACCAACACUGCCACCACAUUUUCACCUUUGUAUCAAUCAAACUUUUCUGAUUCAGAAACCUAUGCAAAGGACCAGAGAAGAGUAGGAGGUUUAGGCAGAGCUGGAGGAGAAGGUGUUGCUGUGGAGAAAGAUUCUGAAGACCCUUAUCUUGAUUUCAGACAUUCCAUGCUUCAAAUGAUAUUGGAGAAUGAAAUAUACUCAAAAGAUGAUCUUAGAGAGCUUCUGAAUUGCUUUCUUCAGCUGAAUGAACCUUAUCACCAUGGUGUUAUAGUCAGAGCUUUUACUGAGAUUUGGAAUGGUGUCUCUUUGAGGCCUAGUUCAUCGAGGGUUCAUACAACUCGGACCCGUAAGCCACGCAGACAUUAAUAGAUUAACUAUUAAGUGUGUAUUUGGUAUCACAACCGGUUAGACAAAAUCAUGGUAGCACCGUGAUUUUCUUGAAGCUAUAUAAAGUGUAGCUUCCACAAAAUCACGAUGGCUUACUAUGAUUUUGGCAAAUUAACUAUGAUACCAAAUAAGCGCUAAAUUCUCUUUGCUUGCAAGUUCUUUGUGUAAAUAGCUGAGCUAUGUGCUAUGUAUUAGGUUUAACGUAGUCCAGCUAUAUCUUGUUAAGUAUGCUUAUAAUUAUGAAGUUGCUAACUUUGUAUUGUGCUCCACAUUUUGGUGAUUAUCAUCCUAGUGUAAGAAAUGGAACUUUUGUUUCAGUUGGAAAACAAAUUUUAAUUUGCAUUUUCUUUCA